GGUAUGCCUGGAUGUCCCUGCCUCGGCUGUGGUAUGGCGGGCCAAAGGCUCCUCCUCUUCACUGCUCUUGCCCUGGAGCUCCUGGGAGGGGCUGGAGGUACCCAGCAGGUCCCCCGGAGCCGGGGGUCUGCAGCAGCCUGUCGCCUGGACAACAAGGAGAGCGAGUCCUGGGGGGCCCUGCUGAGUGGGGAGAGACUGGACACCUGGAUCUGCUCCCUCCUGGGCUCGCUCAUGGUGGGACUGAGUGGGGUCUUCCCACUGCUCGUCAUUCCCCUGGAGAUGGGGACCAUGUUGCGCUCAGAAGCUGGGGCCCGGCGCCUGAAGCAGUUGCUCAGCUUUGCCUUGGGGGGACUCCUGGGCAAUGUGUUUCUCCACCUGCUGCCAGAGGCGUGGGCCUACACGUGCAGCACCAGCCCUGGUGGUGAGGGGCAGAGCCUGCAGCAGCAACAACAGCUGGGUCUGUGGGUCAUCGCCGGCUUCCUGACCUUCCUGGCACUGGAGAAGUUGUUCCUGGACAGCAAAGAGGAGGGGACCAGUCAGGCCCCCACCAAAGAGCCCGCUGCUGCUGCCGUGCUCAAUGGAGGCCACUAUCUGGCCCAGCCGGCGGCAGAACCCGGCCUGAGCGCCGUGGUCCGGAGCAUCAAAGUCAGUGGCUACCUCAACCUGCUGGCCAACACCAUAGACAACUUCACCCAUGGGCUGGCGGUGGCUGCCAGCUUCCUUGUGAGCAAGAAGAUCGGGCUCCUGACCACCAUGGCCAUACUCCUGCAUGAGAUCCCCCAUGAGGUGGGCGACUUUGCCAUCCUGCUCCGGGCCGGCUUUGACCGAUGGAGCGCAGCCAAGCUGCAGCUCUCGACUGCCCUGGGGGGCCUGCUGGGUGCCUGCUUCGCCAUCUGUACACAGUCCCCCAAGGGAGUAGGUACGGGCGUGGUGGGUGGUGCUGGCAGGUGGUGUUCAGCAGAAGGGCCCAGCCAAGGGCACAGCCGCCCCGCCCCUGGUAUCCAGGCCGGGUUCUGCCCCAUUACCCUUGCGGGGGGUUGGGGGGGUGCGGUCUACCGGUGCCCGGGGAGCCCAGCCAGGCAGCCUUCUCCUCCCACUGCAGAGGAGACUGUGGCCUGGAUCCUGCCCUUCACCUCCGGAGGUUUUCUCUAUAUCGCCCUGGUGAACGUGCUGCCUGACCUCCUGGAGGAAGAUGACCCGUGGCACUCCCUUCAGCAAGUGCUUCUGCUCUGCACGGGCAUUGUGGUGAUGGUGCUGUUCUCGCUCUUCGUGGAGUAACCCUCCCUGACACCCCAACCCCGCACAGCAAUAAGACUCAAAUUUGCUCUGUGACUGUGCGUGCGUGCGUGCGUGCGUGCGAGUACGUGUGUGCAUGGUAGAGGGCAAGUGCCCGAGAGCAGGCUCCGACCAGACGUGGACGGUGUGUGCACCUGUGUAUGCGAGACCGACACUGUGACCCCAGUGCCCACCCUUGCCACCCGGUCAGACUGCACCUCCCGAGGUGAGCAGUGAGGACAGAAGCACAAGCUCUCUGCAGAGGCCUCUCCCCACCAGAGCUCUGCGGGGAAUGAGAGCAGCCCGGGAGUUCAGGGCUGCGAGAGCCCCAGAGCUGCCUGCCUCCCG